AUGCCUGGAGAAUCGAAGAUGAUCGAGUGGCCAGCAAAGAGAGUCAGAGAAACGUUUAUCGAUUUCUUCAACCGGAAAUCUCACAAGAGUUGGCCGUCAAGCUCUGUUGUUCCUGACAAUGAUCCUACACUUUUCUUCGCUAAUGCUGGUACGAAGCUUUUUUUUUUCCAAAAUUUUGAUUUUUUUCUCACUUCUAUCUCCGGCGGCGAUGUGGUGUGGUUAACUGGUGGAGGAGAUGCUGCGGAAGCUCGGCUCGAACAAGAAAAACCCAUUUGGGUUUGA